AUGUCAUCUCUUGCCCCGCUCAUGGGUCGCCUGUCUCAGGUCUUCAGCGGUCGUCUUUGCAUGUUUUUUUCAACCAUGUUGAUCAGCAUUGGUACCCUGGUCACCGGAUUCUCCACCUCAUUCAGGAUGUUUCUGGUCGGCCGCGCACUCACUGGAGCUGGAGGUGGUGGCAUUUUCAUCGUCGCUAGCAUCAUCGUUAUCCAGAUGACAUCACCAAAGCGCCGUGGCCUCUACAUUGGACUUGUGAACACAGGCAUGACUGUCGGCGUAUCGUUGGGAGCCGUUAUAGCAGGCGCCCUCGAACCUGAGAUAGGCUGGCAGCCAUUGUUUUGGAUACAGUCGCCUAUCAGUCUGCUUGCCGGAAUCAGUCUUCUCCUGUCAAUACCGUCGGACUACUCAAAAGAAAACCAAUAUAGCGAUAUGUCGUUGGGGCAGAAGCUCAGGCGUAUCGACUACUCCGGGAUUCUUCUUCUUAUCGCAGCCAUUAUCCUUUUCCUCCUCGGCUUGUCUGGACCGAGGAUCCUCUGGACACCACUCAUUCUUUCCGCGUUCGCUCUGCCCGUCUUCAUCUUGAAUGAGAGUCACAUUGCUACAGAUCCUGUCAUUCCUGUAUCCGUCCUCAAAUCUCGAGGCACUCUCCUCACUUGCUUCGCCACACUUGGCUUUAUGAUGGCACGAUGGACCAUCUUGUUCUACACACCAAUGUACGCCAUCGCGGUUCGAGGAUGGGCUCCCGCAGUUGCCGGAUCUAUCCUGAUCCCAACUAAUGCGGGCUUCGCCACCGGUGGUCUUCUGGCUGGUGUUUUCCACAUCAAGCGUACCGGAAGCUUCUAUCUUCACAGCGUUAUCUCAAUGGGUCUCUUCCCAGUAACAAUGGCCGUCCUCGCUUUUAUCUCCACAUCCAGCAGCCCUUGGGGAGGAUACGUUGUCAUGGUCUUCUUGAAUGGUCUCAUCACGGGCGCUUCGAUGAAUUACGCCUUAGUCCACCUUCUCCACCUCACGCACGCCGACGUUCAUCCAAUCGUCAUCUCACUUCUUGCCACUUUCCGUGGCUUUGCCGGCAGUUUCGGUUCCGCGAUCGGAGGAGGAAUUUUCGGACGGGUUUUGCACAAGUCAUUAAAGGAUGGCUUCUCGAAUGCGGGUUUGACGCACCGAGGCGAGCUGAUUCGGAAGCUACUGGGAAGUCCAGCGCUUGUGAGCAAGCUGAAUGGGAAGGAACAUACUAUCGCUGUGGGGGCCUAUCAAGACGCAUUCAAAGUGCUGUUUUUGAGUGCCGUGGCGCUGUCUAUCAUCGUAGCGCUCGUACAGGCUGGUACUGGGUGGAAAGAGCCGGUAGAGAAGGAUGAGCCGCUGGGGCACGAAGAGGAGGCUGAGGGCGAGGAGAGUCUGGUUGUUGGCUCUUGA